CCAGCAUCAGAAGGAGUCAACAAUACCUUGACAGACUGCUAUGAACACUGAUGAUGACGCGGACUGCUGAGAUUCUUGUUCUGCUGCUGCAGUCUGUAGUGCAGCAGGUGAGGUGAUCAUGUGUGAACAGUGAGGAGAUAAGUGGUAAGUUCAGUCUGUCUGUGAGGUUUUCGCCAUUUGCACAGUUUUGUCUCUUUUGCCUUAAAGAAUAAUGGGAAAUUUAACUUCAUUAACUUUCAUUUUUGGAGCAUAUUUGCAUAUUGGAACUUUAAGAUACUUAUAUUUCAUGAUAACUGCAUUGUUAUACAUUGUAAUUAUUGUUCUCAACACAUCUCUCAUUGUGAUUAUCUGUAUGAACAGAAGCUUACAUGAACCUAUGUACAUAUUUCUGUGCAGCCUGUUUGUAAAUGAACUGUAUGGUAGUACAGGGUUGUUUCCAAUGCUUCUGGUUCAGAUUCUCUCUGACAUUCACACUGUUUCUACGUCAUUUUGUUUCCUGCAGAUUUUCUGUUUGUAUUCUUAUGGAAGUGUAGAAUUUAUUAAUUUAGCUGUAAUGUCUUAUGACAGAUAUCUCGCUAUCUGUUAUCCUCUACAAUAUAACACACGUAUGACUUUGAACAAGGUGUUUAUUUUAAUUAUUUUGGUAUGGUUGUACUCCUGUGUGAAAUUUCUGAUUACUUUAUCUUUAAACAUCCGUCUGACACUUUGUGGAAACAUCAUAAACAGUUUGUACUGUAAUAACUACCUUGUUGUUAAGUUGGCAUGUUCUGACACCAAAGUGAACAACAUUUAUGGACUUUUUGGGAUAGUGCUCUCCAUUGUAGUCCCUCUGCUCCCAAUCCUUUUCUCUUACAUGAAAAUUCUCAAAAUCUGUUUUUCUGGUUCCAGACAGACCAGACAGAAAGCUGUCAGUACCUGCACACCUCACCUUGUGUCUCUCAUAAACUUUUCUUUUGGCUGUGUGUUUGAAAUAGUUCAGAGUAGAUUUGAUAUGAGCAGUGUACCCAGUGUGCUACGAAUCAUUCUCUCACUGUACUUUGUGAUACUUCAACCACUUCUGAAUCCUAUCAUGUAUGGAAUGCAAAUGUCCAAAAUACGAAAUACAUGUAAAAAUCUCCGCUUUUAUAAAAUGUCGACUGGUCACAAGGACCCUUUUUAGGUUUGUUCAGAAAUGUGUAUGUAAACAAUAAAUAUUAUUUGCCUUCAGACUUUUGCUUGUUAAAGAUACUGACACUUGUGAAAAUAAAAUAUAACAUUAAAAAGUGAAUGUUAGACAGGAUUGAUUCACAAAUCCAGUUUAUUUUUCAAAGCAUUUUAUUUGAUUAUAUUUAUUUAUACAGUGGCUUCCAACAAUAUAAUGUAUUCAUUUUACAGUUUAGAUUUUGUUCAAAAUACAUCUGGAGACUGUUGGGCAGGGACGAGUAUUCAGAAAAUCUUAGACUCAUGGGAGAGAGAUAAAUGGAGGAAAUUAGAAUCUGACAGAGAAGUGUGUUGAAGAGAUUUCUUUAGGCUUGGGAGAAAAAAAACGGUGGAACAUUUUAAUGCUGAAGAGAAAAACCUAAAAAGGUCCUUUAUAAAAACCCUUUUAACUACAGCAUGUUUGGAUCAUUUUACAGAGUUAUUUCUCAACAGGGAUUUAUUACAGUUGGGAAGACUGUAUCUGCUGACAGAGGCGUCAGAUCAGAAAACCUUCCUGUGUGUCAUUCUGUAGGACAGUUACAUGAUGUAUAAUCACUGAAACGGUGUAUAUGGGCCAUUGUAGCUUUAAAAAAAACUUGGAGCCGGGUAGGGGCGCAAUAUUCUGAGUCCCAAAUUUAUGAGGAAAAGACUUGGAGUUGGAACGCUGGAAGUCACAGUUGGGGUGCUGAGAGCUAAGCUGUCUGUCAUAAAUACUGUGUGUGACAUUCAUCGUUUUUGCAUUAAUUUGAAUGGCCAGGAUCAUUUAUAUUUCAUGGAUAUUAACAACAUUUUACACUGAUUUUAGAACAUUUUACACUGUGUAGGAUGACAACAGCUCAAUGUGUCCAAACUGACGGUAAAGAUUUCUGCAUGCAAAAUCUCCCUUUAUUUUAAACGUUUUACACUACAGACUGUAACACAACAUAAUGUUUGUGGAAGCAGCCAAAUAAAGUACAUAGUCAGGAGGAGAGGGAAAAGAGAGGCAGUGUAUAGAUGCAGGAGACUACAAGGUUAUAAAACCAGGUUAUAGAACAUUUGUGACUUUAAUCUCAGACUUUUUUCUAGCAAAUUUAUGACUCUAAUCUGGGAGUAUUACCCCCCUCCCCUGGCUCUGUUACAAACAGUGGUAGGUAAAAACCCUCUGUAAAUCCUCGUAAACCUCCGUCACUGAGGAUGUUUUAGAGGUAUUUCAAUAUUGUUUUGUUUGUUUGAGCUUGCUGAUGCAGGAACUUAAACUUGUCAGUCAAUAAUCAGGAAUUGGGCUUUGAGGAUAAGGUGGGGGUGGCUUGUGGAUAUUCUCCUGGUCUGAAAGAGGGUAUAAAGCAAUAGUCUGCAGUGCAGCAGACAAAUGUGUGUGAUGUGAUCAUUUACAGGUCCUGUGACGGAGGGGAGUGAAUUGUAAGUUUGUCUUGUUUUGAGGAAAAAGCCACUGAGUCAGUCUUAAGAAAUAUUACAUUGUCACUGUUUUUUUAAACGUGUUUGAGGCUAAUUUAGGAUUCAUUUUUACA